UGAACAAAAAGAAAUAUUUUGGCAAAUGUGGGAUGCUGUUAUCUGACCUCUGACUCUGAGAGUGCAAUGGAGGACGGGACAUUACGUUGCUUAUAAUUAGUUGCCUUCAAUAUGAGUCGCUCUCUCUCUCUCUCUCUCUCUCUCUCUCUCUCUCGCUUCCCUCCAUCCGUUCAAAGAAACGUUCUCCUUCUCCAAUCAUUUUCUGCACAUAUCUCAAACGCUUCCGACAAACAUUUUCCUCCCACCAUUGUCGCCGGGACCAUGAUACGAAGCAAGCUUGGUAGGAGAUUGGUGGUUCAAUUCCUGGGAGAACUGGCUGAUCAGCAAGAAGGCGAUGAUGAUCAGGACGACGAUGGCGUGUCUUAUACGUGUCAACUUGUUGGUAAGAUCAACUCCAGGGGAAUUUGGUUUGGAGAUGACCCUUUUGCAUUCUCCGUCCCUCUCCUCAUGAUGCAGCUCUCCCUCAUCUCCAUCUUCAGUCGUUCCCUCUAUGGUCUUCUCAAGCCCUUUGGCCAACCCUCCGUUGUUUCUCAUAUUCUGGGUGGCGUCAUGCUAGGUCCUUCAAUUCUCGGGCGCACGACGUUUGCAUCUAGUGUAUUUCCAGCUAAAGGAAAAGGUGUCUUUGACACUUUCGCGCUGUUCGGUUUCAUGCUCUUCAUCUUCCUGAUCGGUGUUAAGACUGAUCCUUCCGUCGUGCUGAAAUCAGGUAAAAGGACACUAGCCAUUGGAGUCCUAGGCUUCUUUCUUCCAUUCGCAUUGAGUGGCUUCACGGCAUUCAUGCUCAACCAGUUCCUGAGUUUGGAUUACGGCGUAGCCAAGGCGCUUCCUUCGCUGGUAGCUAUGCAGUCCAUGACAGCCUUUCCAGUUAUUGCUUGCUUUCUCGCCGAGCUCGAGAUACUCAACUCAGAAAUCGGACGCCUAGCAUCGGCAUCUUCAUUAAUCUGCGAUGUUUGUCAUUGGUCCAUUAUGUCAGUCAAGUAUGUGGUGCACUUAGCUACCACAAAAUCAUUGAGAACCUCUUUUGGAUCCUUCUUCUCAAUGGUGCUGCUCGUGAGUUUCAUCGUGUUUGGAAUCCGUCCGGCUGCUUUGUGGGCAAUCCAACGCACUCCAGAAGGCAGACCUGUGAAAGAGAUAUAUAUUUCUGCAGCAGUUGUUGCCCUUCUGUCCUGUGGGUUCAUUGCAGAAACAAUUGGCUUAAGUGCCUUCUUGGCAUCCUUUCUUCUGGGUCUGGUUAUACCAGACGGGCCACCCUUGGGAGCUACACUAGUGGAGAGGCUCGACUGUUUUGUUUCAGUACUGCUAAUGCCCACGUUCUUCACCACAAGUGGACUAAAAAUGGAUGUCUUUGCCAUAAAAUCCCUAAAGAAUGUCGGCGCCAUUCAAUCAAUUGUUCUCGUCGCUUUUGUUGGUAAGCUUGUAGGGACGACAUUGCCCCCACUCCUCUUGAGGAUGCCGAUUCGAGACGCCCUUUCUCUCGGUCUUAUAAUGAAUUCGAAAGGCAUUGUAGAACUUGCUAUGUUGAAUCACUGGAGGAUGACCGAUGUCAUGAAUGAAGAAUGCUUCGCCGCUGCGAUUAUCUCUGUGGUGGUUGUAACAGGAGUUAUCUCACCCAUCGUGAAGCUUCUAUAUGAUCCUUCAAGGAGAUUUGUCGCCUACAAGAGGAGGACUAUUCUGCAUAACAGGCAUAAUGAAGAAUUGCGCAUUCUAGCUUGCAUCCACAACGAAGAGAACAUUCCAGCGACUUUAAGCCUCCUCAACGCCUCGAACCCCACGAAAGAGAGCCCCAUCAAUUUAUGUAUCCUCCACCUCGUCAAGCUUGUCGGUCGUGCUUCAUCUAUUCUGGUAGCACACCCGCCACGUGAGAAGUCCUCCGAUGGCCCUACCAAGUCUGAGCGCAUCUUUGGCGUGUUCAGGAAUUUCGAGCAGAAAAAUCAAGACAGUCUAGUGCUGCACUGCUACAAGGGAGUUUCGCCCUAUUCGACGAUGCACAACGAUGUGUGUUCCCUAGCUUUAGAGAAGAGGAUCACCUUUAUAAUCAUUCCUUUCCAUAAGCAGUGGAAGCCUUGGGGAAGAGUAGAGACGAGUCAUGCUUUUAGACAACUGAACAAAAAUGUACUGGAGAAGGCACCUUGCUCAGUCGGCAUUUUAAUAGAGCAUAGCAGUAGGCAGAAGUACUUUAGAUCAAAUUAUGUGGAGACUUCUUAUUACAGAGUCGCCGUGCUCUUCUUCGGGGGUGCAGACGAUAGAGAGGCACUAGCAUAUGCUGGGCGAAUGUCGCAACGCCCAAUUGUGCUACUUACUCUUAUAAGAUUUUCCAGCUCAAUGGAUAUAGUAGGGGGCACAGAUAGGAGUAAGAUGCUUGAUGGUGAUAUCCUGAAUGAUUUCAGGAGCAAGGCCCAAAGAUACGAACGGGUUUCUUACCAAGAGGAGGAGGUCACGGACGCGUCGGAUGUGAUUAAAUUGUUAAGAUGCAUGGAGAAUGGUUACGACCUUAUUCUGGUCGGGAGACGCCAUGGAGAGUCGACACUGAUGCAAGAAUUGAGGAAGUGCAGCGAGAGCGCAGAUUUGGGAACGAUUGGGAACAUUCUUGCAACCGCAGAUUUUAGAUGCGGAUCUUUGAUAUUGGUAGUGCAACAGCAGACUAAAGUGUGGGGACUGCGUGACCCUGAAGAGUCUACUCGGUUGAGAAGAAUAAAAUUGUAGAGUUGGGGAGAGAUAUAGGCGACGGAGAUGAAAUAGUAGAUGUACAGUGAAUGCAUUCUGCAGAUAAUUUCGAUAGGACUUUCUUUUGUCUUGGACCUGUCAAGCACAACACAAUACAUAGAUGAUUCUCCAUCUUCCCAUUUUACUCCCAUCCCCACAAUCUUUCCAUAAGAACAGCCUUAUGCAGUAAUGCUCGCAAAACAUAAAAUGAUUAUGAUGUGGCUACGGAUACGGCGAACGUGUAAUAGGAACUGCAAGUUGUUAAUGCUUGAGCAAUAAUACUAAGGUUACAGAAACUGAAAUGUGAACCAAGUAACAUAAUCUAAUGUACAGAAGAGGCUCAUGUCUUGCCGAAAAGCCUACUGAAUUCAAUAUGUAGGUGCAUUGUUGCGAGGGUGGACAUUUUUCUCCCUCUUUUGCUAAAAGCAUCAGAGAAUCACCUGUUCAUGUUCCCUCAAUAUUCAUCCAUGCACGACUGAUUACCAAAAUUUGAAUGGACAUGGCCGCUCCUUUCUAGACUGCUGAUGGCAUUAGCAAAUGGCAACAGUUGGUUGGAGUUCCAUCCAUGUCUCUCACCCAUCAAAUGCCCAUAAUAUCUCUCUCUCUCUCUCUCUCUCUCUCUCUGCUCAUAGCACUCUGCAAUUUGAAAGACCAAGUCAUUUGGGGGUCGCCAAUCUUAGCAAAUUAAGUUUGCUUUCUCAAAAGAAGCGUGGGGACGGACAAGGAGAGUUCUGCGGAACAACAGAGGAUGGCAAUGGUAUACUCAAUGGGAACUGAAGAGAACGAGAGACCAGUGUUUUUUCCCUCAUUCUCAUCAUUGCUAGGGCGAUUCAUCUUUCACUCAGACCCUUUCACAAGACCAUGAUCCUGAGAGAGCUCAGUGCCCGUGCCUUAUCCGUUGUGAAGCCAUGUCGGCAGUCAGUCAAUGGCCCUGGAAGUAUGAUCAACGCCUUCGGAUCAUAUAAGGGAGCGCGCAUUGUGCUUCUCUCCCCUUCCACAAGCAAUGGGCCACAAGAGUAAACGUUGG